UAAAAAUCUUUAAAAAAAAAAAACCCCAAAAAACUGGGGUCUCAGAACACCCUAAAAUCAGCUGGUGCUCAUGCAUAUACAUGAAUACAUAUGUGUGCAUACAUAUGUGUGCAUGCACACACCUGUGGGACCACCUAUCUGGCCCACACAGCCACAGCUCUUCUUCCCAGCAUGCCUGGCAUGUCAGGUGCCUACACUAUCUUGUAUCUCCUAUCCACUCCUUCCAGGAGGGAACAAUGGGACCACUGUGACCCUCACAGGAUUCUGGUGGCCUCACAAUGUCCUCCUGAGGUCACCACAGAGAUAACCUUACCACCCUCUGCACCUGAGUCACAAGUCUGCUGAGGCCAGCUGUAGGUGAUCAUCCUUGAUCCUCCUCCUGGUCACCCAGGGAAAGGCCCUACGAGGAAGCCCCUGAGGGAAACCAGGAACUGGGUGGGACACACCUCACCCACCAAGGAGCAACCCAGUGGAGAUUUCCAGCAGCCAUCCUGGAGGUCCUCGUAUCCAGUUCCCUUCACCCACCCCAGGGAGAGAUGCAGAAAGACACUUCACUGCCACCCGCAACUGUGCCCUCAGCCUCAAACAGUGCCCUGGGUGCAUGUCAGCAGGCCAGUGUGUCAGAAGUCCCUAGCAAGAGAGAGAUUGGGUGCCUCGCCUGCCUCAAAGCCCCUCGGAAGCCCAGCAUAUUCAAGGUGAUCCUGGGAGUUAUGGCAGACAAAGGGGCAUACGGUCGCGUGUCCCUGACCACCCUGAGGAAUGCUCUCACCACCGCAGGCUACAAUAUGACCCGCAAUGGGUGGCGCUUCAAGCGAGUGCUCAAAGGGCUGGUGGACAAGGGCAUACUCAAACAGGUGACUGGCAGGGGGAUUUUAGGCUCCUUCCGCAUGGACAAGAAGCACGCCUCCCAGUUCAAGCUCAAGACCAAGAGACAGCAGCAGAAGCAGCGGCGGCAACCUGGGCAGCAUCGGUCUGGACAGCGCCGGUCUGGGCAGCGCCGGUCUGGGCAGCGCCGGUCUGGGCAGCGCAGGUUGCCACUGAGCUCCAAACGGGGACACAAGUGGCUAAUCAGGAGGGCUCGCAGGGUGGCCAAAUACCGCCGCAAUUAAUGAGGCAAGCAGGCAGCAGGGCCAGGCCUACCACAGGCUCCACACAGUGGGAAUUAAAGGAGCGUAACUUAUUUAACACCUGCCUCCUGGAAUCUUUGGGGUUCAAGGGAGUGGGAAAGGAAGAGGGCUAGAGUAUGGAGGAGGGCUAAGGCCAAGGGUGGGGGAAACCUAGGCAAAAGAAGGGUGAGAUGAAUUUGGGAGGAGCUGGGGGGAACUGAAAGCAUCUACAUGCAUUAGCUAGUCCAACCACAUCACAGGUGGAGAAACCAAGGCCAGAAAGGGUCAUAGUAGCUGUGUGACAGAACCCCGCCUGGAAGCCAAGUGCCUGACUCACAGCAAAGUGUAUGUGGGUGGGUGGGUGCUGAAAGGCUCUUAAGUUGCUUCUCAAAUCCUUUUCCCCAGAGUGGCAGCAGGCCUCUAAAGCCUGGGCAGGUCCCUUCCCCGUCCCAUCCCACUUUAGGCUCUUCCAUGGAGACCAAAACACGAGAAGGCCAGGCCAGGAUGGGUCAGGUCCAGCAUCCAGCCAGCCCAGGGCUAGAGUUUAGAGGCUAAGAAUGGCCCCCAUCAUCCGAGAAUCAUCUGGCUUGUCUACUCGUAUGCUACUCAUGGAGGUUGGAGGGUCCAGCUUGACAGGGCAGGGGGGCUCCCACCCAGCCCCCAGCUUUCCC